CGGAUUCGAUGCACCCACUUCGCGUGGCACGGUAAAACCUCAACAUUCCUCUCUGCCUGGUCAACCAGCUCUCAGCAAGGAACAACGCGUGCCACGUCGAACCACCAUCUCGCCCAGCGAGGCGCUGUGUUCCCCUUCGAGAAGCCCGCGCAGGUAAUGUCGACGACAGCGGUCGUGACCAUGGCCAACACCGCCACCUCACCGACGACCAUGACACAGAUGGCGACGACAACGUCUGGCCCUGAAUCCCACUGCCCUUCCUGUGGCGAUGCGUUUCCGCCGUCCGUCGAGCAGACGUCCCUCGAUCUUGCGCAGGCCCAGGCCCGCAUUGCCGACCUCGAAGCCCAAGUUCGACACCUCAACCAGAAGGCAGCCGCCGCCGUCGACCGAUGGGCCGGCUACGAGGAGGAGCUGCAAAGGCUCAGGGCACAAGGGGAAGAAGGAUCACCACCUCCGCCGCCGCCCCCGAAGAACGAAGCCGGCGAGAACAAGCGCACCUCGGGUGGAAUACUGGCCUCAGGCACAAACAGGCUCUCCCUGCUGCUCAGCCGACACAAGUCCUCCCCGAACCUGAAAAUUGAUGCUGCUGCGGUGGCCCGCCCGCCGGGCUUUGAAACAGAGAGGCUUCUGCACGCGCUCAAGCGGGAAAUAUCGCUGCGCAAGGAGGCAGAAGGCAAAGUGGCGGCUACGAGCAGGGAAGUAGAGGAGCUGAGCGUCAGCCUGUUUGAGCAGGCCAACGAGAUGGUCGCCGAAGAGCGACGCGCAAGAGCAAAGCUCGAAGAACGUGUCAGCGAACUGGAGCGGAGAGAUAAGGAGAAGACGCGGCGAUUCGAGAAGCUGGAGGGCGCGAUGGCCCAGAUUGAACGGGUGAGGGCACUGCUGGCGGAAACGGAACCACAGAGCCGUAACGACUUAUGAGACGAUGAGGUACGAAAAGAGGUCUUCAGGGACAUCAACGACCGGACUUGGAUUGGUAGCAUUGGGUCGGAGUACGAAAUUGACUUCAUAUUGCUUGCUUGCUUGGGCAGAGUAUGGAGUUGAGAACAGCAGUUUUUAGGUCUACCU